AUGGCUACCGUACUUCCCAAAUCGGGCAACCCGCUCGUUUUCUUCGACAUCACCCUUGGUGGUGAACCCCUCGGGCGCAUCACUUUUGAGCUCUUCAACGAUGUAGUGCCCAAGACGGCCGAAAACUUCCGUCAAUUCUGCACCGGCGAGACCACGAAUGCCCUUGGACAACCCCAAGGAUACAAGGGCUCCAAGUUCCACCGCAUCAUUCCGAGCUUCAUGUGCCAAGGUGGUGACUUCCUUAACGGCGACGGCACUGGCUCGACCUGCAUCUAUAAAACCACAAAGUUUGCCGACGAGAACUUCACCCUAAAGCACGACCAGCCGGGGCUGCUUUCCAUGGCUAACGCCGGUCCCAACACCAACGGCUCCCAGUUCUUCAUCACGACCGUUCCCACCCCCUUCCUAGACGGCAAGCACGUCGUCUUUGGCAAGGUGGUGGACGGCAUGGACAUCGUCAAGAAGAUGGAGAACACCAAGACGGGUUACCGCGGCAGGGAUGUGCCGAACCUAGAUGUGGUCGUUGCCGAGUGCGGGGAGAUGUAG